AUGGCAAUUUCAGCAAACACCCUCUUCCUCCUGAGCCUUGCCUGCAGCACCACCAUCCAUAUAUGCAAUGCCCAAAUCAACAUAACUUUCACAGCUGUUCUUAUCUUUGGUGAUUCAACCAUGGAUACUGGCAAUAACAACUAUGUCAAUACACCGUUUAAGGGUAAUCAUAUCCCUUAUGGCCAAGACUUUCCAGGCAAAGUUCCUACAGGGAGGUUUUCUGAUGGGAAACUGGUGCCUGAUAUGGUGGCCUCCUUGCUGAAGAUCAAGGAGACUGUACCACCUUUCUUAGAUCCAAAAAUCACAGACAAUGAACUAAAAACUGGAGUGACCUUCGCAUCAGCUGCUUCUGGAUAUGAUGAUCUAACUUCGGUUUUAUCACAGGCGAUACCAGUGUCAAAGCAGCCUAAGAUGUUUAAGAAGUAUAUAGAGAGGCUUAAGGGAGUUGUGGGGGAACUGGAGGCUAUGAGGAUUGUGAAUGGGGCUUUGGUUGUUGUAAGCUCAGGGACUAAUGACUUUUGUUUUAAUUUCUAUGACGUACCCUCCAGAAGGAUUGAGUUCAGCAGCAAUGGGUACCAGGAUUUUCUGCUGAAAAAGGUAGAGGAUCUUUUAAAGAAACUAUAUAAUCUGGGUGGCCGAACAAUGGUCAUAGCUGGGCUUCCUCCAAUGGGGUGUCUGCCAAUCCAAAUGAGCACACGCUUUGAGCUUCCGGGUAUUUUUCGGGUCUGUUUGGAGGAUCAGAAUUCAGAUGCUCAGUCUUAUAACAGCAAACUCGAGAAAUUGUUACCUCAGAUACAGAACUCACUUCCUGGGAGCAAAAUCUUAUAUGUAGAUAUAUAUACUCCAUUGGAUGACAUGAUUAAUAAUCCAGAAAAAUACGGUUUUGUGGAAACCAAGAGAGGAUGCUGCGGAACGGGGCUCGUGGAAGCAGGGCCUCUAUGUAAUUCACUCACUCCAGUGUGUGAAAACGCUUCCCAGUACGUGUUCUGGGAUUCCAUUCAUCCCACCGAAGCGGCUUAUAGGGUGCUUGUCGAAUACUUGGAGAAGGACCUGUCAACCAAGAUACAUAAUUCCGUCGGAGAAAAAAAUUGA